UAGAAAGGCAAAGUAGAAGAAAAAAUGAAUUGAAUGAUUUUUAAAAAAUCUAUAAAAGCGCAAGCAUUUAACGGAUCGAGCAAUCAGUCUGAAAAUAUUUUAUUAACAACAAUAGCAAGUAUGAGAUAUCUAAUAAUUAUGGCAGUGCUCGUUAUCUUUGUCGUAGCUUGCCACGCGUUGACUUUCAAACCCUUUCUACGUAGCCGUUAUAGCAUGCGUUGGACUAAAACUACCGAGGCACCUAAGCAUAUUGGGGUCAUCUUAGCUUCCACUACUCCCCAGGACGUAUCGACUAGUAAAACACUUAAAGCGUACGACUCGACUGUGACAUCGUUCAUUAAUAAUAUUCCCAGCGUUAAAACUUCCACACAUCUACCAGAUUAUGAUUACUACGGCAACAACGAACUGGAUGAUUCGGAUCGGAAUUAA